AUGGCAGCGGCACCGAAGAUCACCGAGCCUGUUGAAGUCUUGGUGAAGGCGGCCAUAGGAUCGCCUGAUAAGCUCGGAGAUUGUCCUUUCUCCCAGCGCGUGCUCAUUACUGUAGAGGAGAAGGGUAUACCGUACUCGUACCGCCUAAUCGAUGCAACCAACAAGCCGCAAUGGUUUCUGGACGUGAAUCCCGAGGGCAAGGUGCCGGUGAUUAAGACGGCGGACGGCUGGCUGGCUGACUCUGACGCGAUCACUGCCGCGAUUGAAUCCGACUUCCCUCAGCCGUCCCUUGCCACGCCGGACGACAAGAAAGCAGUUGGCGCGGGACUCUUCGGCGCGUUUGCAAAGUUUCUCAGGAGCAAAGACAGCGCGGACGGCACGGAGCAGGCGCUGUUGGGGGAGCUCUCUGCGCUGGAAGACACCCUUAAGGCCUCGGGCGGUCCGUUUGUGGCGGGUGAGAGGUUGACAGCAGUGGACAUUGCGCUCUCCCCAAAGCUGUACCACGUGAUUGUCGCUCUGCCGCACUACAAGAACUGGCACAUUCCUGACACCCUCACUCACGUGCAGGCAUACAUCAAGGCGCUUCACAGCAGGGAGAGCUUCAAGAAGACAGCAGCCCCUCCGGAGAUUGUAAUUGCUGGGUGGAACCGUGCCUUGGGUAUCAUCGCCUGA